AUGGAUGUCGGUCCGUACUCACCUCCCUUUUCUAUUUGUGCGAACAGUGCAUGCAGUCUUAGUUAAUGUUACUCCGUCUGUUCGAUGAUUUAUUCACUGUUCCUUGGAUUUUUAUCCCGUGUUCAGCCGACCUCUCGUAGUUAGUGGGAUAUCUGUCCGCAAUUUUGGUGGCCAGCUUCUACGCUUCGGACGGUUCCCGGUUGCACAUUUCUGCGGAGUACUAUUAACGGUUUACUUUCUUACUCUGACCGAUUUGAAAAUCGGGAGUCAUUCUCUUGUGAUCAUGUGUAGGAGUCACCUGUUCAGUUUGGUUACGGUCGUAGUCACGUGCUGCAAAUGUUGUGGUAGGAAUGGAGGCAUUCGGGAACGACUUUGGGGAUAUGGCAGCGUGCUCUGUCCCGGGCCUCGAUCUCUAUAACUCCCUCCAUUGUUCGAACAGGAUGGAGGUUACACCCGUAAGAGCCAGUUUGUUAGGCAACUGGAAAAAUUCAUUAUGCAGUUCGCUAGCCACACACAACAGAUUAACGCCGUUUCUCGCGACACUUAGUUGGUUUCAUAAAACACUUUCGGCCCCGGUAGCGCUUAGAUAGACAAUUCGCUCAUGCACUUCUACAUCUUCGGUAUUAUAAGCCAUCAUCCUUGUAAAUAUGUGACUCAAAGCCCUCUUUGCUCAAGCGUACAUCGCUUUCGCUAUUUUCAUCCGGCAUAGGCAGUUUACUGUUCGUCUGCCCACAGAAAUUGCUUCCAUUCUUUGGUGAAUUAAAUUACCUGCGACUCAUGUACUUGAGGCCGAAUCGAGUCUUAACAUCGAUUCAGUUGGGUGAAGCCGAUUGUUGCUCGCAUCUUUAGCAGCUGUCAAAUAGCUGAUGCACCUGCCAACCGUCAGUCUCUGCCCAUAUCAUUGACUUAAUUGGUGAUUUACUGUGACGUUGGCAAGUAAUAUCUUUCGCUGUUUACGCAAGAAUAAAAUUGAUUGCAAAUGGGUAGUUAUCAAGCCAGUCUACCCCUUCAUUCUUAUUUUUCACGUUUAUAUCCUUCCUUAACUGUCAAAAUCUACUAGAUAUGAGUUAGGGCCUAGUCAUUUUCGCACUUUCCACGACCAGACAUUUUAACUGCACUUUCUAAAAAGUCGGACCUAUGACGUUUUUUCGUCAAACACACCGGUAUUGCGGUCUUCGUUUUAUAAGUUCCACGUCCAGGUGAUACGGAGCUCCUGGUGGUAGGCAAUCAUCAACCUUUUUACAAAACUAGUUUCGAUCUUUUAUGUCUACUACUAUUUGUCAAAAAGGCGCCUCUUUAAAUACCUGCUUAAAAUAGCAUUGUCAGUGAAGUACAUGCAACGUUCUAAGCUGCCAGCUAGUAUGGUUUUACUGAAUAAUCUUUCGUGCCUAACUACGCCAUCUUUAGACCAAGCUUCUGAUCGGCGGGCCAGAAAGCGGAAGUCACGAUCUCGCAUGCUUGAAAUCAGAAAGAGGGCAAGAGUUAAGAGACACCGCGUAAGCUUCACUUUUCUAAACGUUUUUUUUCCUCAGACUGAUGAUGAUGGGGAGUCUUCUGGAAGCGCUUCGAAGCGGAAAGUCACAAGGCCAUCAAAGGUAAUUUUGUUUCCACAACCCCUAAAGGCCUUAAUUCUCCACUAACGCGCCUCGUACUUCCCGAACCCAGGUCACCAUAAAAGCAGAGUUAGCGUGGUUGCUUAGCUGAAUAAUCGGUCCAUCAACAAGUUCCAUUCGUUACAAUUAUUCAUGUUCUCCCAGUAGUCCAAACGUCGUUUGUUAACAGCUCGUAUUUUUGCACUUGUUUAUUCAGAGCACCCCUUCUACUCUGAAUAAGUCAGAUGCUAGCAAGCAGGCCAGGGAAUCUAGGUCAUUUUGCAUCUUGCCUGGAUCUUGUCGACAUAUUCUUAUGACUCAGAUUCUCCUCUGGUAGUGUGUUGGGAAGUAAGACGCGUACAGUGAAAACAGUGGCGUUUCGACUUUCUCAGUACCUCAACAAGUUCAGUAUUUUUUCUUAUCAUUUGCUGACUUAUCUGCUCUUUUUGCCUGAUCCUGUUCCAAGUUUACCAUUAUCUAAUCCCGUUUCUGCGUCAGUACUUAUUAUCUUCCUGUCGUCACGUGCUACAGGAAAAGACUCUGGAGCAACUAUGUGAGGAGCUUGGAGUGGAAGAUGUAGAACUGACCUAUUCGACCGACGACUUUGAAAACUGGACCGUGCAAAAGCUUUUUGAUCAAUAUGUACGGCCCCUAAUCGUCGAAAAAAACCCAACAGCCUCGAAGGACGCCAUCCAACAGAUUUUGGACGCGAAGUGGAAGGAAUUUGCCAUAAUGAAUCCCUACAUACCCAAGGGUGAGGAGGGUAAGUUUACGGUGCUCUUACCUAUCCCGUCAGAGCUGGUUGAAGAAGACGAGGACGACAAUACGGCCUUCGAGAUCGUCGAUGAAGAGACUCAGGAUGCAUCCGUCACCCUGGACACGAGCCGCCGCGGGGCAUCGCGUACCUUAACCAAGCGCAGAUCCUACGCUAAUGGCAGCAACGUAGACUCAUCACAGUCGGUAGUACUGGGCGACAACGACAGCGAGGCUGGUAGCCAGUCACCACAAUCCUCAAAUAUUGGCACUCCACAGACGGCCCCCUUGAAGAUCAAGAUUAGUAAAAAGAAAAAACGGAGGCGUGGGCGGAGAAGGGGCGAUGUGAGUUUUCCUCUCCUCUCCAAAUCCCUAAGUACACUGCCAGCUCAACAGUGCUUUUGAGUUCUCCGUUGAUGCAUGCAUUCAAAGCCUGACAGGAAUGGAAACAUUAUUCUCGCUUCAUGCCAACGCGGACCGUUUUAAUAGUUGACUGUCACGUAGCCGUUGCCAUAGUAUCCUCUCCUGAGCAGUGGGGUAAGCAUAGAAUCUCGACUAUAUCUGUAGCAUGGCGCAGUAAAACUACUGAAUAGCCCUACCUUAACCCCAGCCAAUGCUCUGGUCACACCCUCAUUUCUCCAUAAUUGUCGGAUCUGAGUGGCAGCCGAGGAACAGGAAACUCAUCAGGAAGCACAAGAGGAAAACUUAUGAUCGUAGUCUUUCCAUGCCUCAGACGGCCUUGAGCGACGUUGUCGGACGGUCUCCGUGGUGAACCUUCCCCCCUAAAAGGGAGCAUAUUAGAACCUCGUCCAGAUGUUAGGGACAAUUUACUUCAAUCUGGUUACCUGCGCCAGGAUUUCGCAGCUGCUGGCAACGCCCGUUAGGUCUGAUCUCUCUUACCGUCUUUUGCAGUUGCAAAGCCAAGUAUUCUGUCACGGACACUGCUCCAGUGCAGCUUUGACGACCCGGUUUUUAAAGCAACAAUAAAGGUAGCAUACAGCCGUUUGGCAACUUAAAAAUGCGAGAUAAUCCGGUAGCGUCAGUGCGCAUGGUCUCCGCAUCUACUGAACUAUGUAUGUAAUUUAGCGGUAUCUACUUUGUAGACUAGGAAAUUCAGAUUCACACCGUCAGAACGCGUUUGCAGUACGGCAGGACUGAACCGCCCGCCAUUCAGCCUUUGGGCGCAUUGCCUUUAACGUAUCAAGGAGCCUUCUGCCUGCUGCGUAAAUUAACCGAUAUUGACUUUUAUUUGAGCUUGUAGUAGGAUAUUGGUGAAUUGGAGAAACAUACGAACCGUAAUCAUACAUUUCUGACAUGCUUGUAAUCGUCUGCAUUUAAAACAAUUUGUCAGGCCCGAAAUGUAGGCUAUAGGUAAUUAAAGGACUCACAGAACUGAAAGACUCUUGAAAUGUGACCAAGCAGUCUGCCGUCGAUCGCUCACUUCGAUGCCGGCACACCUAUCGAGCACUGCGACGAUAGCCGAGAGACAGCACUCGGACACGAAGUGGUCGACAGUUUUACUCCAUUUCGCCCAAAUCAUUCUUCGGUUACUUAGGUAUCUAGGCUGCAUGUAAUCUGUGAGCAACCGCUACUAACUACCACAGGUCCCAUGUAUGUGUAAGCUGCAGUUGCCUCAACGUUGUCCACUUAACAAAUGCUGGUACUAGCAAGUAAGCUGUUGGCCCAGAAAAAAGUUCAUGCAUCUUACACUUAUAGUCUUUAAGACUCGAUGGGGUGUUGCGUUAAGGGCAAACUGUAGGGCAUAAUCGUACGUGGAUCCAAAAUUUUACCGUUUUAUAGUCUCAGGCCACGUAUUUUUUUCAGGAACAUUAGGUAAUCGAGCCGGGCUGGCUGCACUAGUAGUGUUUCCUUAUAUUGACAUGUGUUCUACCGACAACCUUACACAUUUACUUGACCGAAUUGGUGGUCACAGUAAGUCCAUUUUGCAAAACCACCUUCAGGCUACUUACUACAGCAAAAUAUGUAUGCCUUAAGCAAUAUCGGCAGACGGAGUACUGUACGAUAAGCAGUAAUAACUCGUUUAUGGCGUUAGCAAGGAUGAUGAGAAUCGUGUUCUCUUCAGAGCUAUCAUUCAACGACCUAGACAUCGGCCACAAUCUCUUGAAAACGACGACAAGUCUUAGGUAAUGAAACACCUGCACCACUGACUGGAUGUCUUUGCGCGCAAACCUCCAAACACCCAUUAUUUCUCGUCGGCAUCUUCGGAUCCACUCUUGGUGCACUACCAAUGCUUAUCCGUUAGGUAGGGGGACAGUUUGGGCAACAUGUAUCCCAAGUCAGGUUCGUAGUUGUUUUAUUGAUAAUUUGCCGUUAAGGAUUGCGGUAUAGGGCAGAUAAUUGUGCGAUAUCAGAAACAGAGAACUUUUUGCCAGUCCUUCCCUAGUGAUUUACUUAAGCAAAUCUCGCUUUCUUUUUACGGUAAUACACUUUUACCAGUAUCUAGUAUGUUUACUGGCAGACUGACCCACAAUAAACUUAUUCGCCCCCUGACUGAUUGCGCUUCUGUAGUUUGAUCAUGUAGGCAACCGUUGUCUCCUUACUUUGUCGAAUAUUUUGACCUCCCCUGUCAAAGGAGCGUCACGGCGGAGGCAACACCAGUGACGAAGAGUUUGAACGACAGCUGGUUGAGGCGGAGGCAGUGCAAGACGAGGAGCGGGAACGCCGUCGCCAGCGUCUUGAUAGACGGCGUGUUCAGAAGAUUCACGUCAGUGCGUCGGCUCCAAACCUGCAAAUCAAAGCGUCCUCAUCAUCUUCGGCGGCUGGUGGUAGCAAACAGGCUGCGCGUGGCGGUGUCACCCGUUUCCCACUGAUGGGGGGCAACAAGACUGCAGAAGAUGGAUACGAAACAGAUCAUCAAGACUACUGUGAUGUUUGCCAACAGGUAAGGUUACAGCCUUCCCUCUCUCUUGAGUUCAAGUCUGCCACCCAUUCGUUUUCGUCGUUAUUAACGGCGACCACGUGGCUAACGCCAGUACUCUAAUCUUCGUCCCUCCUUUCUUCCGAGUUUUCCUCGGCUGCUCCUAUCGACGAGCCUCUACUGGGCUGAUAACUAGGGCGGAUACCAUUUUGCUUCCCAUUAUCUAAGUGUCGAGGUAUGCAAUGUAUAAUAGUAAGUCGAAGGGUCCUAUCUCUUACCAUACAGGUGUGAGCGAAAUCGGCUAACUGAAGACGCAAAAGUCUCUGCCCUUAUCCUAGCUUUGUGUGUAGAUGGAGUCGUUGUUUGUGCCGUUCCAAAAGGCAAUGAGGUGCUGAUAUUUAUUUCCGUUUCGAAGUAUGUGAAUAAAGCUGGCCUUCAUGUCUGUCUCUCUCUACCUUCCUCAUAGGGUGGUGAAAUAAUGUUGUGUGACACUUGUCCACGAGCUUACCACUUGGUGUGCCUGGACCCGGAGUUAGAGGAGGCUCCCGAGGGCAGUUGGUCGUGCCCGCACUGUGAGAAGCAGGGCAUUAGGGCAUCCAACUUCUCACAGGAUGCCGCAGCCUCCUCAGCCAGCGACGGCGGUGGUUCCGAAACGGCUGGCGCUAUCACGAGUCGCGGAAAGCGUGUGGUUGGUGGCGCCUCUGCCACAACAAUUUCACCGGAGCGUGACGAACACCAGGAAUUCUGCACCGAGUGUCGUGACGGUGGCGAUCUGAUCUGCUGUGAGAAUUGCCCCGCCAGCUAUCAUAUUGGUUGCCUCAACCCUCCGCUCUCGCAGAUUCCCGAAGGUGUUUGGCUGUGUCCGCGAUGCGGCUGCCGCCCGCUCAAGGGUCGAGUCUCGAGAAUCCUCACCUGGCGUUGGAGUGAACCACCAAAGCCUGCUGUGGAGGCCGAGGGAGAAGAUACAGGCAACAGCUCUCACACUGAUACCCCUGCUGAAGGCGUUGAAGCACCUACCCCCAUUGAGGUGCCUGAAACACCCAGCCAGGCACCUGCUGCUCCCACCACUACCGAAUCGGGGGAGACCGCCAAACCCCCGGAGCCAACGACAACGGGACUUGAGACGACCCCUACACCCGCUGUAGAUUGCCCGACUGAUACCCCGGCACCCAUCCCCGUCGCCACAGUACUCAAAGGCUCGAGUACUUCGGCAGGGGAGGCGGAGAAAGCCAAAGUAAUUGUAUCAGCGCCACCAGCACAUCAGCCACGGCCACCAACGCCGCAUAGGCGGAAACCCACUAGGGAGUUCUUUGUCAAAUUCCAGGACAUGUCAUACUGGAAGUGUGAGUGGGUCUCGGAGCUGCAGCUUGACGUCUUCCAUCCAAUCAUGUUGCGCGUCUUCUUCAAGAAGUACGACAUGGAGGAACCUCCGCCUCCAGAGGAUGGAAGUACUUACCGGUGAGUGGGUUGUUUUAGCCUUACAAUGCGCCUUGCCGUAACAUCCAGAUCGGCCCAUCUGCAUAAUUACGCCAUUCCACACAUUUGGUAAAUAGACCCACCUUCCGUUAUUCUGAAGGUAAACGCAUAUACUUCAAUUAAUGGAACUCUUAUUUUUUCUGCCAUAUGAUACCUUGUCUAUCGUAAUCGGCAAUGGUCAUUGGUAGGUGUAUGGGAAAGUUUGACGGUUGGACUGUUAUUAUUUCUCCUUGGCCGGGAGCAAUCACCGCUAGCGAUUGGGACGUUGAACAAGUGUAACGGGUCCGGUAGUGGAGUUUUGGUAGACGGUGAGGCGAUGGUUGGGAGCGGCGUGCGCGAACGGUGCAUCCAUUGUGUCCAGUGUUGGAGCAACAAACUCUUCAUGGGUAAGUGUACCGAUGCGGUCCACUCGUUGAUGGAUCACACUCGUUGACUUGAGGACGCAUAGUUUUCGAUUUGGCAUGUUGUCACUAAUAUCUCUGGGCAUAGUGUCCGCAUUGUCGCUGUAUCUGCAGUAAUCAUGGUGUCUCAAGGCCAAUGCGAGCCCUAAAUAUGCGUUGGCAAGGGGAAGGGGCUGGGUGUUGGCCAUCUCACUUCGCCUUGGUCCCGGUCGGCUUCGACGAUGGUCGUCCCAUUUAUCACAGCAGCUUUCCGUGCAUGUCCAUCUUGUGCAGAGUUUUCUGGGAGUUCUGGUCGAUUCCGUUCUAUUGGAAUAAAGCCUUUGGCUCCUUGCUCCGGACGCCGGUCAAGUGGCAAGACUGCGUCAACACGGCUGGCGAUGAAGUACUGGCUCGCAGAUAGUCGUGAAAACUGGACUUGUAAUCCUUUUCGAGUCGGUUUAGGAUAAUCACCAGACAAGUAAUUAGAUUUGUUUGCCGUUUCUCAAUUUGGCACAGAUGGCCAGUUGGUUAAGUCUGUUGACCCAGGGCCUGUUAUUUCGAGUCCAGAACUGCCUAUUGGCGGGGUGGGGGAAGGGUUGAUACCACAUACUCCUAAUCAAGAAACAGAUGAAGUUGAAGACUCACGUCCUCAGGCGGCUUACGCCCUAACAUGUGUGCGUUGAAUGUCGGAGCGGGUAGAGUUCAAAAUGGCCUGUGUGGAGAGGACCCAGGUAGAAAUGUGAUUUCGAACGCUAAAGUAUGCAAAUCUGACGGUUAUCCCUCACCCGGAUACGGAUAAAGGAUGCGCAGUUACCUCAGAAUAGUUUUCACCCCAGCUGUCGUUUUUGUGCAAUGCAAGCGGCAGCUGUAAGCACUGUUUAAGCGGUUAGUUCUUAAACGCUCUGCAUGUGCGUUUACUGCGUCUUCUCAACCAAAUCUGUCAUGAUUUACAAUUGUUGGCCUCAUAAUAUGGGGGUGGGUGGAGAGGGGAGGGGAAGGAAGUUUGUAGUGCAACGGUGCAGCGGGGUCUGGCGCAGUUGCGGACAGAGCAACUACGUCAGAGAAAUUGGGAGAUUUCUCCGGACGCGGAUGGCCUAGCACACAGGAUCGGUGAGGAGGGAAGACGUUAGCUCUCAGGUGGCGGCUCAUUCCACAAGACCUGACCAUAUUUUAAAGUCUACAGAAGCCAAAAUCCCCUUAAGAGGUGACAACCGCGUAAGCCGUCGGCUGCUCGAGUCAUGGUUCUUAGGCUCGCAAUCCAUCAACAAGUGCAAUAAUCUCCCCCUUUACCAUAUUCGGUACAGAGACUUUCCCUGGGCAGGGGAAUCAGUCACGUGGGGAGGGCGUGUGAGAGUAACAACCCCCAGUGCCAGCGCCAACAUUCAACACGUAUGAUGAAAUUGUGUCCAUUAACGACUCGGACGCGGGCUGACAAACCAUCAUCGCAUCACUCAUGAGCGGUGAUCGUGAGAGCUGUUAAUUACAGUGCGCAUGUGGUCCCAAGGCAGCUACGUCCCAUAAAUACUGCACUAUUUGUGCCUUCAAUACCCUUUUUUGCGACUGUCUCGGAUGAUGGGUUCAAGUGGGGAUCCGAAACGUCAGGCAAAUAAACUUGUUCCAGUGAUAGCAUCUUAUGGACUGCUUCCCGGAACUCGCCUUGUGGCUUCUAACGGUUCAGCCUGUUACCCUCUUUGCUGACCUGGAGCGUUGGUGGACAUGAACCAUAUCAACACGUAUCACAGUCCCGAACGGCCGUCCCCAAACUCCGAAGGUCUGCUUCAGUUCUCGACGUCUUGGCGAGUAGCAGAUUAAUUAACCUCAUAACUGAGUAAUAGGUUACCACACCUGGUGGCGAUGUUUCAUAUUUUACUACUGUCGAGUAUUAUUUUCUGACCGAAUGGACUCGGUCCAUAAAAACAUCACUGCCCCAAUGGUUCGCGGAGGGGACUGUAUGUUGUCUAAGCCCUCCUGGUUGCUGACUGUCGCGCGACUCUUUCCUGAGGCCACAGCAUCAGACUAAAAGGCCUACACCGCCGAGUGAAAUGGUGCCCGAACGUCCGCGCGGAUGUUGCGCUUGCGCCAGGCGAUCUAUCGAUUUACGCGCACCAGCUCCCGUCAGCUUGCAGGUGAGUCAUCGCGACCCCCCUUUGUCUGUUGCGGCCUCGGACAGCGGUCUCUGUGUAGGCGUGGACCAAGAGCGCCACUGUCGCCGUCCCUGCCUAGUCGAAGAAGCGGAUGAGCACUUUAAAGGCAACCUCGCUUGCUAACCACGAGAAAAUCGUGUCUCAUUGGAGGGUACAGCUCUCAGAUAGUACGCUCAUUAGAGCGAACGAGGCACAUGACGUAGCAGUCACAGGGCCGGGUUACUCUGACGGCGUGUGGAGUAUUAUCUGACCCGUUUUUAACCUGGCGGGAGCGUCAGCUACCGUUUAACCCACAUAUUGCACUUUUUUUGAAAAGGGCAAACCAAAUUUUUGGGAAAUAUGCUUUCAGGCCCCUUUUUGUGGACCUCUGGUACAUCAUGAGCAUCGGAUAUUCAUCCCAAAGGAUGCAUAAAAUACUGAUAGCGGCCCGAUAUUCUAUAUGCACUCAUUUAUCUUCAGUGGUUGACUUUGUUUUUCAUAGCACUGAUAUUAUAGGGUUUCGAGAACUAAUCUGUGACUUAGUUUUUCCCAACCGGGAGGAACGCUUCGGCCUGUUAUUUUCAGACUACGAGUGUCUGGACAACUUUUCUCAGGAACCUACAGAAGUUGUAUGCCUGGCAGUCCACCCGUUAAUUAGUCUAUGUAAUCUUUAAUAUCUUAAUUUUGAUGCGAUAUGUACGUAUAUGUGCGUGUAUGUGCGUAUAUGUGCGUGCUUUCAACGAUGGGGUUACGUGACCUGAAUCCAAGGAGACGUCGAUCUUUACUCAAAAAUGUUCUGGUUUUUUUGACAAAGUGUAUGAACCAAGUUGUCUAUAAAAAGGCCUUUGCCGCCGUAGAUGCGUCUCAGGACUACUAAUUCAGGUUUCAGUCAAAGCAUCUUAUUGGUUGCCUCACCUACAUUAGCUUUAAAGGCAAUCCCUGUGGCGUUAUAAUAAAAAACUUGCAACAGGGGUGUGCCAUUCUCUAAUUCAACUGUAGUCAAUUCAUUAACCGCUAUCACUUUCAACCUCAUAAAAAGAUCUGAGGUUUUUGAUUAUUUAUAAAUGAGAUUCCUCCAGUUUUAGCUAAAAUUCGAGUUUGUCCUAGACGACUGUCGUCAGCGUUUUUUUUACAAAAGGCUGGCCGCUAAUUUGUGUUUACGGUGGCAUACAAAUCCAAACGCACCACCAAACUGACGCUAUAACAAAGCCCUUCACUAGUAAAUACUUCCAUAUUCUCGUGUUCUUCCAAUUAUAGUCGACUUUUGUGUUAUUGUUACUGUUUCAUUGAGCCGCAGAACACCCCUUUUCGUCCUGUUCGCUUUCUUGCUACUCAGAAUCCUCGAAGCCAAGGCCCAAAUGCCUAUACCAAAACAUCAAUUUAGCGGAGGAGCUGGCACACAAGUCUAGUUUUCUGAUUUAUUAGUUCCUUUGCAGCAUGCAAAUUUUAUUAAAUGUACCUUUGCUCCCGUCUAAUCCCCGUCCUCCUCGGCAGGGGCCGUGCUCGAGAGAAGGUGCCCGAUCCGCAGAAUCUGGAGGAGCGUUUCUACAAGUGGGGCGUUCGACCCGAGUGGCUGCAGGUGCAGCGUAUAAUUGAUCAUCGGGUGGGCCGCGGUGGCAAGGACUGGUACCUGGUCAAGUGGCGCGACCUGCCCUACGACGACUGCACCUGGGAGGAGCUGCUGGGCAACGAAGUGCCCGAGUUCGAUCGCUUUGUGGAGGAGUUUAAACUGAUGCGCAACCUCUUCACUGGCAACCUGAAGGGUCUCGCUGUGGGCAGCGAGGCGGGCAGCGGCGGCAGCGGCACCGGCACCGGCGCUGCGGCCGCCGGACAGAAGCGCAGCAAGACCAGUCGUCGCAGGGAGUCAGACGCUGCCAUCAACAAAGUCAGCCCCAACCUACUGAAGAAACUGCCGCCUGAAAAGCCGCAAACAGACUUGCGCAAGCAGCUGACCAAGCAACCCGAGUACAUGGAUGAGACAGGUGGUCAGUUACAUCCAUACCAGCUGGAGGGUCUCAAUUGGCUCCGCUUCUCCUACGGAAACAAGGUGGACACAAUACUGGCCGAUGAGAUGGGCCUGGGCAAGACCAUUCAGACAAUCGCAUUUCUCUACUCCCUCUACAAGGAUGUGAGCCACUGCAUAAUUGUGUUUGUGCCUGAGGCACUUUAUUCUGUUCCUGUUGUAAUCUACUAUAUUUUAUAUACCAUACGUAAUCCAACAAGGGUGGAGAGAAUGAGACAACAGCUGUUCCAGGGGUCGCAGCGAGUUCAGUCGCUGGCUCUCAGCCGUUAUACCUCGACAAAGACUGACUGGCUGGGGAGGCGAUAAUGGAACAUCGCUUUUAUGACUAGAGUUGACAUUUGACAGGUCCAAAAACUAUACUGUCUCACUACUUGUUAUAGUUUUCGACCCACUUCUGACACCUUAUUGCCCGUUCUCAUCGUUUACCACUGGAACAAAAUCUUAUGGAGCGGUAAAGCAGGGAACGAUUUUUGCCAGAAUGAUAAGAAGAUGAGAGAAAGAAUGUAACCCUUCCUGGCCCGAAGCAUUCUACCUCUAUCGGACGUAGUGGAGUUGUGGUAUGGGUGUGUAUCCCUCUAGAAGGGGAAAGGAGCAUCUGUAAAGUGUUGUACUGCCCACGCCAUUCAUUCGAUCUGAAUGUGAAUGCUUUCAAACUAAAGUGGGACAUCUGCGCUUUCAGCUCGCAUCCAAUACUCAAACUCCAACACAAAACGGUAGAAUCUAAAUAAUAAUUUUCCCAAUGUCCACAAAUUUUCGGGCUCAACGGAAUGUACACCCACCAAUCUUUCAACCGUUGCAAACGUUACAUUCAAUUAACCCAGGAUUAUUAAUGGUUUCUCAUUCUCCUCCCACACGAAUCUCUACCGUGUUUUUUCCUCUGCAGGGUCACAGCCGCGGACCGUUCCUCGUAGCCGCGCCCCUCUCCACCAUCAUCAAUUGGGAGCGCGAGUUCGAGUUCUGGGCGCCCGACUUCUACGUGGUCACUUACGUGGGGGAUAAGGACUCUCGCACGGUUAUCCGAGAGCACGAGUUCUCCUUCGACGAGGGCGCCGUUCGCGGUGGCAGUCGCGCAGUGAAAAUGCGCUCCGGCACCGCGGUGCGUUUCCACGUCCUCCUCACCAGCUAUGAACUGGUCUGCAUCGAUCAGGCCCUCCUCGGUUCCAUCGAGUGGGAGGUCCUGGUGGUGGAUGAAGCUCAUCGUCUGAAGAACAAUCAGUCCAAAUUUUUCCGGAUGCUCAGCAUUUACAAAAUUGGCUACAAACUACUGCUCACUGGCACUCCACUGCAGAACAAUCUGGAGGAACUGUUCCAUCUGCUGCAUUUCAUGUCCCCUGAGAAGUUCUACGAUAUGCAGGGCUUCCUGGAUGAGUUUGCGGACAUUUCAAAGGAAGACCAAGUAAAGAAAUUACACGAAAUGUUGGGGAAGCACUUGCUGCGACGUCUAAAGGCGGACGUACUUAAGAAUAUGCCGUCGAAGGGCGAGUUCAUUGUCCGCGUCGAGCUCAGCCCCAUGCAGAAGUAAGUUUAGGGCUUCCACGUAACCUCUGUCUCGUCAACUUGUCGCCCCGAGGCGCACUGUUUUAAGAAUAUUUGUAUCUAUCUUAUGGAGAGGCGGCUACCCUCUACAGAAUUACAGCUUUACUUCCAAUAUUAGCCAACUCAAUUCCUGAGCAAGUGACGUUUAGCUGACUCUCCUCCCCGGCCUGACUUUUAUGGUAAACAGGGCAUGCCCACCCUGGUUCCCAGCGCCAAAUGACUGACCAGCUCAGACAGUGGAUUGGUUCAUGAGAGAUGGGAGAGAGGUCGACACAGGGGUUUCCAUCCCCUGGAUGCUUCAAUCCGUUUCUUAUUGUAAUACAUUUUGCGCGUUCUAAAAUCAUCACGAUGCGCUAAAAUUGGUAGCUUGGGGGACUUCCAGCUGACUGGACAACUCGACCCUGGCGGUCAGCACUGCCUAUGUGGGGUGACUGGCUGGAGGACUGAAAGUCAGGCUCAAUAGCUUCCUAAUGUGGCAUCCAUGGCAUUCACGAACGGGAGAUCCGAACCUGGUAUCAUUGUGUGGCGAACAGGUCGUGUGUGGCAUACGCAGACGGCCUGUCGAGCUUUGUGUUCGCCACUGCGUCCCAGGCCCCCUCCGAUCGUCCUGACUCUGUCUUGCCGCCGAGGCCAUGUGGGUGGGGGAGGAGAGUGUGCGAUAGAUGCUGCGCAGGUCAUUGGUGGACGGCGGUUGAACUGUCACUUGCUCGUCCUCGUUGCGCCGUCCUCGCGUCGCCCAAGAACGGGCAAAUUUUAGCGGAAAACUCUGUUGGUUGUCGUUGUCACUGUCGGAAUAUUGUAUCUCGUCAGUCAUACUGGAAUACUCAUGGAACACCACAUUGCUAUCCUCCUAUUAACUCAAUUGAUCUACCGCUGUAAUAGUCGGUAACCCAUCGAACUGACACCCUACAAAACCGAUUCUGUCACUCCAGUAGAUUGCAGUUUGUGGGGCAGGAAACAGUUCGACCGUCGAUCUCGACGAUGUCCAUCGUGUACCUUGCAGCAGGGUGAGAGCAGGGACGGUGACUUACGCGUGAAUUAGUUUAUAGUGAUUGCAGACUUGUGAAGCAUCUACCGAAGUCUCCUCCCCCACCUGGGUCCGGUGUCAUGACCAAAUCAAGAAGACCGGAGGCGGAAGAGGACGCAGGUGGCUGGCAUAGCGAAAACCCCAAACUAGAUGUACCACCACAUCCUCCGGUCCACAACAAACACUUGACCAAAAUCUUCAACAACAACAAAAAUGAGGGACGAUAGUGAUCCCAAUUUGCGCGGCGUGAGCCUGCAACUGGUCCGGCUGCCACCUAACCCCAAAUGUUGGCUUUUGUUAUGCGUGCACAUUUCCGACAAUGCCUUCCGGACUCCGAUGUGGUCCCCGGUUGGUCCAGCACAUGCACCGUAUGGCCCGUUUUAAGGGAAGUCCAUUUCGUCAGAAUCGUCAUAUCCGGUCAGUGAGACAGCCGCCCGAUUUUUGACACUACUAGGAAUCGAAUUGAAACGCGGCACUUGGAGCCAUGCAAUACUAAUUAUGCUGGUGGUAGGCCAAUACGACACGGCGACUUCCCGCAUCUUUUAUGUAUGACCACUAACCGAUGGUCAGUCAUUAAACCUUUCACGACUCCGCUUCACACUCUUUCGCCUUCUCAUUCCCACAGAAAGUACUACAAGUUCAUUUUAACGCGGAACUUUGAUGCGCUGAGCUGCCGCGGCGGUGGAACUCAGGUCUCCCUCAUCAACAUUAUGAUGGACCUGAAAAAGUGCUGCAACCACCCCUACCUCUUCCCCUCGGCAGCCGAAGAGGCACCGCGCCUGCCCAACGGCGCCUACGAGGGCAACUCCCUGCGAAAGGCAUCCGGCAAGCUGGAACUGUUAGGCGCGAUGCUGCAGAAGCUGCAUGCCAGCGGUCAUCGUGUCCUCAUUUUCUCCCAGAUGACCAAGAUGCUGGACCUGCUGGAGGACUUCCUGGACGCCUGUGGCUACAAGUUCGAGCGUAUUGACGGUGCCGUCACGGGCCAACAGCGUCAGGAUGCCAUCGAUCGCUUCAACGCCGUCGACUCACUCUCCUUCGUCUUUCUUCUCUCCACUCGAGCUGGUGGGCUUGGCAUAAAUUUGGCCACUGCAGACACAGUCAUCAUCUAUGACUCUGACUGGAAUCCACACAAUGAUAUUCAGGCCUUCUCCAGGGCUCAUCGCAUCGGCCAGGCCAACAAGGUUAGUUGUCUCUUAGGAGUCGGCAAUUGUACAUUUUCUGUAAUUCACCAUCACCGGCAAACUGAAUACCAGUCCUAAGUGCCGCUGACUGUUUUCGCCAGACGAAGUAAGACUCAUACUAUAAAAUCCGGCUAGGCUUCAGAGUUUUCCAAUAUAAACCCGACAAAUACCAAAAUAGGCAAUAAUUCCAUAGCGGACUAGAGGUUUUGUCCCCUGAACAAUUCUGUUCACACGGAAUUUUAGAGAUCAAUGUCGAAAAGUAGUAUUUGCAUAAUUAAGGGGUUCUUCUGACCUGCAUAAUACGUCGAGUUUAUCCUUUUCGUCAGAGGACUAAGUUAUCACUCCCAUGUGGAAGUCGUUCGAAGCUCGCCAUGAAUAUCAACUUAGUAGACUGUCCAGUGUAGACCUACAUGUGCGCGUGCUGGACGAUUUAGGUUACAUUUGAUCGGGAAAUACCCGGUUUUCAGCAAUUCUGAGUAGGUCUGCACCAGGGUUACGUGUUCGCCAAACAUCGCAGUAGGCACCGAAGAGCUUAGAGGCGUCCUGUUGUGGAGUUACCCCUCUUGAAAGUCGACUGGCGAUAAGCCCACCAUAGUUAGACUUUUGUCGGCAUCGCUAAGGACGGAUGUCAACGUUCUCCUGCGUAGGUUGUUAUGUGCUCCAAAUUACGCUUUUCCCAAAUCUAAUUGGUCAUGUCAGACGGAUGGGUCCAGGAUUUAGACAGCUCAUCCGUCUUUUUCAGGUUAGUUUACUUUAACGAACGAUGUAGUGGCUUGCAGAGGCUUCCGCAGUUAGAAUAAUUGGAGUUAAAAACUGUCCCUACUUUAGUGUUUCUCGCCUCAAACCACAUUGCGGUAUGUGCGAAAAUUCAUCUGACCUUGAAGAAGAUUUGGCGGCGAUUCGUUCCGCAUUUCGCAUUAUCCGUCUAUCCCUGCCACAUUUCGCCUAUCCAAUCGUCCACGAUGUAGGUUGUUAUAUUAGAGAGCUGGAUACCCCUUUUAUCCGUCGUACUUACUCUGCCUACGGUUGCCCGCGCGGGUUAUCUUCACACUCAUCAUUAAACCACUCACCAUCUCCGCCGAGGCCCGCGAAUCACCAGCUGGGGUCUUUAAGUGUACAAUCAAAGAGUCAUGUAACGCCGAUGUGCAUAGUACAUAAUCCCAAAUUGGUUUACAUGCUGUAGCGUGCAGGCUUUACGCUGUGAAAAUCUCGAGCUGCUACGCGAUCUCACAUGGAAAAGAGGCCAAAACAGUAUGCCCUUUUCAAAAAGUUUUCUUUGCAUAGUCAUUUCUAAUUAAGAAUUAGCAAAAUUAGUUUCUUCUAAAACUUACAUAAAUAGUAAUUUCCUGGUGAUUUAGUACUUUAAAAAGGUGUAUUUCAAGACAUUUGCAUGCAAACACGCAUACUUUAAUGCCCACAGGUAUAUCGCUCUUGCCUGCCCAGCCUACCCGUCUUUACAGCUAUAUCCGUAUGCUUUGGAGGUUUUUCGAUGUACCGCCAUGGUAACGAAAAAAAUUCCGAAGGUUCUUUCGGGGAACCCACAAACCCUAGAAUUACAUAAAGACGUUGAGAAAUACACAUAUCAAUUAUCAGCUCAAAUCACGGAUUCGAGUACGAUUCAAGUUUUUAGAAACCAGCAGUGUAGAAAAUGAUCUUUUGUCAAUUAUUUGUACAAAGACUUUGCAAAAAGGGGAUAAUAUAUACCUUUUGCGAGUAGGCGGUUUUCGGUGGUAAGCCAUUAUGCCACGGUGGGUACGAAGUAAUUUGGGAUUGUGUUUCAUCCUCACCAUCCUUGAUGGACCGCUCGAGUAACCUUUUCUAUUUGACAACAUAUUCCUAUGUCCCAGUCAAAGUUUUAUUUGUUUUUGCACCUACUUCGUUUUAGCCAGUGCUUAUGCAGAUUUCCUGCCAGGUAGUGCUGAUUAGAUAUAAGCAGUACAAACCCUUUCCAGGUGUCCGUAUUUAAAUAAUAACCUGAUGGUAUGGCUGCUGUACCAUCACGUCGCUCACUGUCAGAGGCCAUUAUGUGCACACGACUCUGUAUGCUGCCUUCCCUGUAGGUGAUGAUCUACCGUUUUGUGACGCGGAACACGGUGGAGGAGCGUGUCACUCAGGUUGCCAAGAAGAAGAUGAUGCUUACUCACCUCGUCGUGCGACCCGGUCUGGGUGGUAAGGGUGCAAGCCAGAUGUCCAAGAAGGAACUCGACGACAUCCUCAAGUUCGGCACUGAGGAUCUCUUCAAGCACGAGGAUCAGGACGGUAAGAUGUCUACCAUGAUGUUCUAGGGCAUAUAAAAGGCCCCGAGUGACCUUUCCUGACCCGUAUAUCCCCCCCCUGUCAUUAAUGUCUUUUGGGGCUGUUUUGACUCUACGCCUGAACGUCUACGCCUCCUGAAUACGCCACUUUGAUUAUUAGAACCACCCCACUUGACAUGAUCGCUUGGGUUUUCUUGCCUAAUCUUCAUUUACUACUUUUCGUUAAGUGAUAUCUCAACCCAUUUCCUGACCCUAGAUAUUAAAGAAAGCAUUAAACCCGUCACUAAUGUAUUGAUUUUUUUAUGUUUUCAAUUACUGGGUGACUGCUGUCAGUCAAGUACGUCCCACCGGGACCGCGAAUUACGUUUCGAAAAGUCCGCCCUAGAAAGCACACUUCUUCUCAUCCUCCAUCAUCCCUUUUUUUCUACAGACAGCGAUGAGCACUGCAUAGUUUACAACGAUGCCGCCCUGGAACGACUACUGGACCGUAGCCAGCAGGGCAUGCAGGAGAAGGAGAUGGAGAUGAAUGACUACCUGAGCUCCUUCAAGGUUGCCCACUACGAGAAACGCGAAAUUCAAGAUGAGGAAGAGGAGGAAGUGGAGGAGGAGGAACAGGAAGAUCGAGAGGUUUGUCGUGAUUAUUAUCGUGUAAAGAUCCGCUGUUUGUCGAUAUCUCCCCUACCUGCUCUUACCCUCUCCGGGUGCUGGUGGUGGUGAUGGCGGCGGCGGGGGCAUGACUAGUAUGGUCACACGGCCUGAACCAAAGUUUACUAGAACAGUGAUGCCGAUUAGUACUUCUCAGCAAUAGAGUUGACCACAUAGUCUAUCUCUAGCCACCACUUUGCAACUAAUCUCAUAUUUGAAGUCUCACUGGCGGGCGCAAUGAAAGACUGCUUCUUGACCAACUCCAUUCUUAUCCUUCACCACCGCCGUCCACACUUCUAGCCGAAUUCCCUGCGGUAGAUGCUUUCCUGGAGACCAGUGGCCCCUCCUAUGGUUCCAUUCCGAGGACCCCAGCCGGUGCAUUCUUUGAACACCGGGAAGAUUCUGUCACUAGCAUCCUCUGUCGAAGACUCGGACAGCAUAUGUCACGCAGACAUCCAGUUGGCCGAAGCAUUUGCUCUGGAUAAAUACAACCGAAAUGCUGGCUUAGCCUGUCAGUGGAUUUACACAGACUACCGCAGUCGAAUUGGAACGCAAUGGACGAGAGUAGUCUGUUCCACCUGUUUGUAACCUCGUCAUCCAUCCAAUCUGAGCACAGAGUUGCUACCCGAAACACAUUCAAAUGCUCACUUAAGAGCUGCGGGGAGACUAAAUGAUCCCUCGUAAACUAUUUCCCCCCAUCUUGCAGGCUUUUUGGCAUGUGGGUUAUUUCCCAUCUGCCCCCCCCAAAAUACCGUCCCCUCAGACACUAUAUGUACAAACUGCUCCUUUUUGUCACGGCAUUUGUGCAGGUGAUCCAACAAGACCUUGAUCCUGCUGAUCCGGCCUACUGGGAGAAGCUGCUGCGGCACCACUUUGAACAGGCUCAGGAGGAUCAGGCGCGCAGUCUGGGCAAAGGAAAGCGCAUCCGCAAGAAGGUCAAUUACUCCACUAAUCAUGAAGAUGAGGAGGAGUGGAAUGAAGCGAUGAGUGACCAUGACAGCAAUUUCUCCACUAAAGUGCGUCCUCUCAAUUUUGAUGUUUUUCGUCUUUAUCGCUCCGCGCCUUGUUGUGUUGUGCUUGUUCAUGCCGUUUGUGCUUUCGGAAAGAUCGCUACGAUGAUGUAGUAAUGCAAACAAAAAUAGUUGUAUAUGUGUAUACAGUAGAUGUGCUAACUCAAAUGUCAACCAAAAUUUCGAAAUGCGUUCUCGUUUCGAAAAGAUCAAUUAAGUAGUGUUAUAAAACUAAUCAUGAUGCAGCACAAAUCUAUAAUGCUCCAGUUACCUCAGGGUGUCGGCUUUCGAAGGAACUUAUUUUCGGCUGCAUGCAAGGUCUAUACUCUGCAAAAAAUGACUACUUAAGUAGCAUGCAAUUUUCUCAUUGAUUUUCGAUGCCCUGGAAAAUUCAAUUAUAUUUCAUAGAAAACAUGCAUAAAAAUAUUCAUUCCUUUACUUAUUCGGUAGAAAAUCACGUCUUCUUCCAAUUUCAUACUCAAAAGAAGAGUAUAAUUCGUUUUUAAAAAAGUUUCUAAUUGUGAGAUUUUUUAAUAACCGCUAAAUGGCCGUUCAUGAAACGUCAUGUAUCUGCAUUUACGAAUGUGGCUUGUAAAGUUAACAAUAUUGCUCAAAUCCACUGCUUAAUUUUAUGAAACCUGUGUGGUCUCCUCUUAAUAUCGUAGAGAAAUGCAUGCAAUAUUGUUAACUUUACAAGCCAUAUUCGUAAAUGCAGAUACAUGACGUUUCAUGAACGGCCAUUUAGCGGUUAUUAAAAAAUCUCACAAUUAGAAACUUUUUUAAAAACGAAUUAUACUCUUCUUUUGAGUAUGAAAUUGGAAGAAGACGUGAUUUUCUACCGAAUAAGUAAAGGAAUGAAUAUUUUUAUGCAUGUUUUCUAUGAAAUAUAAUUGAAUUUUCCAGGGCAUCGAAAAUCAAUGAGAAAAUUGCAUGCUGCUUAAGUAGUCAUUUUUUGCAGAGUAUAGACCUUGCAUGCAGCCGAAAAUAAGUUCUUUCAAAAGCCGACACCCUGUGGUAACUGGAUCAUUAUAGAUUUAUGCUGCAUCAUGAUUAGUUUUACAACACUACUGAAUUUGCCUUUUCGAAAAGAGAACGCAUUUCGAAAUUUUGGUUGACAUUUCAUGAGUUAGCACAUCUACUGUAUAUAAUGGUAGAGGGGCGCAACUUGUGGAACAACGAGUCUGGGGCUCAGUGGCUAGGGCGUUGGACUUCUAACCAGCGGGUCGCAGGACCAAACCUCAGGAGUUACACACCUCGGGGUUGGGUUUGGCUGGCUGACGACAGCUAAAAGCCAGAGAUGGCCAUUCCAAACUCCCCUGUUUUUAUCGGUAAUGCUAUUCUGCCUAUAUAUAGUAGGUGAGCUAACUCAUGAAAUGUCAACCGAAAUUCCGAAAUGCGUUUUCGAUUUGAAAAGAUUAACUAGGUAGCGUUGUAAAACUAGCCAUCGUGCAGCAUAAUUCUAUAAUAAUUCAGUUACCUCAGCAUUUCGACUUUCAAGCGAACUUCUUGCCGGCUGCAUGCAAGAACUAUACUCUGCAAAAAAUGACCACUUAAGUAGCAUGCAUUUUUCGAUGCCCUCAAAAAUUCAAUUAUAUUUCAUGGAAAACAUGCGGAAAAUAUUCAUUCUUUUGCUCAUUCGGUAGAAAAUGACGUCAUCUUCCAAGUUUAUACUCGAAGGAAGGGUAUAAUUUGGUUUUUAAGAACUUUCCCGAUUCCCGAAUAAUUUUGAACCCGACCUGCCUUUACACUUUCUGUCAGGGUUUCAAAAUUACCAGCCGUAUAUUCUCCGCGUACGGAAAACCAUACGUUUCUCUACGAUAUUAAGAGGAGGCCAUAUGGGAUUCAUAAAAUUUAGCAGUGGAUUUGUGCCAUACUGCUAACUUUACAAGCCACGUUGGGAAAUGUAGAGACACGACGUUUUAUGAACGACCAUUUCUUCGUGUAUAAAAUUAGAAGAAGGCGUAAUUUCCCGCCGAAUGAGCAAAAGAAUAAAUACUUUUAUGCAUGUUUUCUAUAAAAUAUAAUUGAACUUUUAAGGUCGUCGAGCACCAAUGAGCAAAAUGCAUGCAACGUAAGUAGUCAUUUUUUGGAGAGCAUAGUUUUUGCAUGCAGCCGGAAAGAAGUUCCUUCGAAAGCCGGCCUCUCGAGAUAACUGAAUUAAUAUAGAUUUAUGCUGAACGUACACACUCCUAAGGGGUUUUAAGGUGCAUUUCCCACUCCACCGAUUCCCAUAAAAUCACUUCAUUUUUUUGAAUCACAGGGGACGUUCGCCUGGUUCCAUUUAUUGGGGAAUGAAUUAUUUUUCGCACAUUAUUCGAGGGAACAUAACCUGGGGUAGAGCUUCGCAUCAGUGUCGUGACGGACCCGGGUUAGAACCCAAACGAGAUUAGGUAACAAUCGGGAGAGGGCACCCAAAAAUAUACUGCCGGCCAAAGAAGCGAUCUUAUCGCAACUGUCCUAAGCUAUGCAGCCAUUGACUGAGUCGCACACUGGCGACUGCGGUAGCUCCUGACCUCUGGAAGUAGUGGUAAAAAUUGAUAAUCCAAGUGCUCGGUCAACGGCGAUCGUAUUGCGAUUGUCCGUAUAGAAUAAUCCGCAUAGGGACUACUGCGGUCGCUUGUCAGCAGUGGAAGCUUAUAUUAAGGUUGUUUAACGUAGGGCUGGUCUACGGCGAUCGUUUCUCAACUCUCCUAAGGUAUGCAAGGGUAGAUUUAGCCGCAAACCCAUCACUGCUGUCACUCUUCAGCCGUGUAAGCCUAGGUCAAGGUUGAUUAACCAUGACUCGGUCUGCAGCGGUGGAAUGUCAACUGUUGGAGACUAUGGUAAUCUGAGUGAGGCAACAUGUGCGCUGCAGAUCAGAUAAAAUUGAGGUCGGAUGAAACAACAAAUAUGUAGGACCAUAACCUACUCAAAUAGGUAUAGCAGGUAUUAUUUCUAGGCAACGGAUAUUUGGGUGCCCUCUCCCGAUCGUUUCCCGAUAUUAAUAGACCUAGGCACCGAUUCACCGACUUCCCGAAGCAAACAGGCUCCGACUGGGCGACAGGCAGCCACCUGUCAGGCCGAGCCAAUCAUAACCUUGAGAAGUAUCUGAGUCCAGAAGCACAAGCAUACGCAUGCAUACGACACAGAUUGUCGACCAUCGGGAUCUGCCAGGUGGGUCAUAAAGUCAUGAUCAAUUCGAAGUUCUUGAGUGCACCUCACCGCCUGGCAUUCUCUGUCGCCGCGGAUCGAGUAUUUAUCCAAACAUAGAUGGGCGCGAACUGGCCUGUUGGUUUCGCGGAGUAAAUAGGCCCGAAAUAGUUCUGUGGUAAUGGAUCUGCAUCUUUGCAGUCGCUCCCUCUGCCAUCAUAGCUUGAGUGAGGUUUCUUCACUUCGGUGUGCGCCCGCUGUUUGUGUUUGAUUUAGGCUACUACUUUUUAUUUAGUCGAGAUCUAACCUUCCAGAUUUUCCGGUACUGCCAUCUCACGCUAUGAUGUACAUGCUGCCUUCCCUCUUUCGAUAUCCGUUUAGUACUUUUUCGACCUUUUCUGGGGGUUUUUAAUUGGCGUCGGCUGCCACAUCUGGCGACCUUGACCAAAACCACUCUUGACGACACGAGUUUCACUCCAUGCAUGAGGCGUGAAGCAAAUAAGUGUCCGAUCGCAUGUGGCCAUUCACAGCCUUAAAAAAAUCAUCAUAAGCACGUGGACGAGCCCAAAGUAGAAAGUCGAGAGAGAUAGUCGAGGCCUGAAAUCCGACGCAAGCUCGAUCAGCCGCUGCCGUACGAACCCUGCAGCCACCACUCGGCUACGGGGGAAGGAGCAAUGAGAAGACAGGUAGUUGGACCUGCCACGAGGGAGGUCUUACUGAAACCCUGUUUGGCCCUUCUUGUCCGAUGAUAUUUUCAAGCACGACUGCGAGUCGUCAGAUUUGUCAACUGUCCUCACCAUAGAUCGCCGUCCGGCCUUACGCCAUCUUCACAUCUGAUGCAGGAAUCUUUGCAUAUGUAAACAAAUGCUUAUGAAACAUAGAAGGUUCGUUGGUGUAUAGGUCGGUGAGCGCCCACUGUCAUAAUUGAUAUUUCCGAUCACAACCGGCAAGACAACCGGCCCGUGGCUCAAUGGUAGGGUGUCAACCUCCAUGACCAAAUAUCCCGUGUUCGAGUCUCGAGUGAUCCACACUUGGGUUUGGGUAUGACUGGCCGAUGACGGCUAAUAAGCCAGAAAUGGCCAUUGCGGUCUCCCUUGUCUUUGUCGGUACAACCUGAUAUAUAUAUUUUUAGCUUUGGAAUGUCGCGCGUUUAUUCUCUUGAAACCAAUGGGAUUCGGCCCAGGUAUUCACAGUGACUCUGGUCAGACCUGAAGUGGCUUGUUUUGGGGAUCUCGCUCGAAAUUCACGCUUUACUCUAAUAAAAUUGAAAAGCUGAACACGCAGUUAUAUGUGCUUAUACUUAUACACAUUGUACUCAUCUAUUCAGGAUGAAGAUGACGAGGAAUAUGAUGAGAAGAACGGAGGUGGAAGUGGAGAGGGUAUCAUGAUCGGUCGCAGAAUGCGUCGGGAGCGAGAGGGCAAAAUGCCACCCCUGUUAUCGCGUGUCAACGGCCAGAUUGAGGUGCUAGGCUUCAAUAUUCGUCAGCGCCGCUCCUUCGUCAACGCGGUCAUGCGAUACGGCCUACCGCCGGCCGAUCAGUCCUACGUGUCAGCCUGGAACGCGCGAGACCUGCGCGGAAAGCCGGAGCGUGUCUUCCGAGCCUACGUCAGCCUCUUUAUGCGCCACCUCUGCGAGCCUGAGUCUGUGAACCAGGAGACCUACGCGGACGGCGUGCCGCGGGACGGCAUCUCGCAUCAGCAACUCCUCUCCCGCAUUGGAAUCAUGUCGUUGGUGCGCAAGAAAGUGCAGGAGUUUGAGCACAUCAACGGGCAGUACAGCAUGCCGGAGCUGAUGCCGAGUCACCUGAAGAGCAAGACGGCGGCAGCUGAUGCUGGGACGCCGACAGCUUCUGCUGCAGAGUCCUCUGAGGAUGCACUGGGGACAGCAAAACCAACACAAUCGGCGCCGAGUGCAGCAGAAGAGGAAAAUGGCUGUUCCGAUGACGCCUCCAAGGCAAGCGAUAGAACGGAACCCAUGGAGAUUGUGACCGAGGAACCGCAGUCAAGAGAGGCGGAAACGACCGAUGGCAAGUCGGCGGACUCGGAGGCCAAACAGGUGCGUCCCCCCGUAACUGUUAGAGUGCUUUUUUUGCAAAAUCUCACUUUAUUUUUAUCGUUACCCCUUUUUCCCCAGAAUGAGCAGAGCCGUAGUGUCAUGCAUAAAAACGGGGCCAUACGUUCUGUUGAGGCAAUUGUCCGAAAGAAAUCUCGCGUCGCUUGAUGGACCAGCGUGCUCUGUCACACUGGAGACCAGGGCAGAACAGCCACAUCGGUCCAUCUUCUGUUGCCUCCCAUCUAUCCAUUGGAGGAGCGACUUGGGAAAGUUUUGUGCGCCUUUUUCUCACAGUAGUACAUCUGACGCGCAUUUGAGCUGCGACAAAGCCGUUGAAAUUGUGACCUAGACUAUCGACCAAUGGGAUAACGUUCUUCCGAGUUCGGAGAGGCAGUUUGCAAUGUCUCAGUGCUUUGGUCUCAUCAACGUGACAUUCAAGUGAGUUAAGUUUGGGGAUCGAGGAAGCGGCGCGCAUGCGUCACGCGUAAAUUAAGUCAGCCUAUUUCAUUCUUGCUGCUGUUUCAUUCUGGGCGAGGAAGGGGUUAGACUGAUACUGUGAAAGCGCAACACAUCAUUGUCACUACUUGGUACUAGUCGCGUUCGUACACGAAGGACGAAGUCUUGUCUGUGCCAGCUCCUGAGGCGUAGGCCAGGCCAGUGUCAGUACUGGAAAGGCGAUUGGGGCCGCAGACUCCUCAGCAGACGGAGAACUAGAUUUAUUCAAACAUUUGUGGCAGACUAUUAGUUAGUAACUUUUCUGCCAUCGUCGACUGGCCUUGUCAUACACCAGCCUACCCCAAAAUGGGCGUAAUCGAGGGGGAAGGACUGAAUUCGGUGCUCAUGGUGCCGGCCAAGAUUCUGUCAUUCACCGUGUCCAUCAUCAGUCGUUGUAAUCUUACCCCGGACCUCCCCCAGCCAGACCAUGAGGUGGGGAGGUGCAGUGCGAUACAAAUGAGAACGUAGAUUUGGACGAUGUCAACCGAUGAGAUAGUUAUUUUUUCUAAGUAAAACCGGGUUUUGAUGCCUGCUUUGUGAUGCGGAUUUAACUGCACAUGAUGUGUGUCUGACCGUAAAGUUCUACAACUUGUUGCAGCCGGCAACCGCUUAGUGAUGGCAAAGUAGCUGUCGAGACGUCUUAGCGACUAAGCCAGCUAAGCCUGGAAUGGACACUUCUAGCUUAUUCGACAUAGUCCAUCAGCCCACCCCACAAUCCUAGGUUGGAAGAUCUGAGCUUAAUCAAGUUAGUCAUUAAUCCGAAUGCUUUCCUAGUUGAACCGCGGCCUCACUUUGCCCACUGGUCCUCGCGAGCACGGACAAUUUCCCACGUAGGUUUCGGUUCGCCUAUCAACGAGAACCACAGCUAUGACCUUUGCAACACAUUUGGUCGACCGACGACCGGAAGAGAAUGCGAGACAGCUUGAACCUUUAGCAUCAUAUCUCGACCCCUAUGAACGACGCCUAUUGGGCUGAUGGGCUGGUUUUUCUUUCUCUUUGGUUCCAGCAACUCCUGAUCAAGGCCAUGGUUGACGCUAUCAAGGAGAAGACGGAGGCAGCAGUCGCCAAGAAGGCAGAGGAGGCAGCAGCAAGUACAGCAGCAAACACUGAAGAGGGCGAGGAGGUGACACCGGCUGGCGCACAGCCCUUCAUGUUUAACAUUGCCGAUGGCGGAUUCACGGAGUUGCAUACCAUCUGGCUGAAUGAGCAACGUGCCCUAUCAGAGAACCUCGAGUCGGAGAUUUGGCAUCGUCGACAUGACUACUGGCUGCUGGCUGGCGUGGUUCAGCACGGCUAUGGCCGAUGGCUGGUGAGUCUUGCCCGUCUUCUUUUUUGUGUGUGAGCUCGUCUACCGCUGUCGAUCUGCGUGUCCGUUUAUUCUGUGAACAAUCGUAAGUAGGGCUGGUAGAUUAACAGAUCGAUCUCUCUAAAGCCAGUGGUUACUAGAACAAGUGUAUUGCCACUGGUUCGCUCUGGUUGGCAUUAAGUCCGGAUUUUAAAACAAGCAUAAGCAGUGGGAUUUGAUGGUAUCAUAAAAAUUUCGCGACCGUUUAUCAACUGCUUCCUGGAUAACGGCCAAUGAGUACACAAUAAGUUAAUUUUGUCCAGAAAAUAAAUAUGAAAGCAACAAGGUACGGCUUUGGAACGUCUGGUCUAAUUGAUGAAAUGGCUCACUUAAAAACUACAAUAAUAACAUACGAAUGGUGUGAAAAUCAAAGAAAUGAGAGUUAUCAGGGAAAUUUCAGGUCUAUUUGUCUGCACCGAUUAGGCCUCUCCCUGCGCAUGUAGGCUACUCCUAAGUACUGCAACGGUCAAGUUGUUCCAGCACGAACGAGCGCCCGGAAGGCAGUUUUCGCGUCAACCGAAGGGGGAGGGGGUUAAAAGAUAGAGGAUCUGGUUGCCUGUUGCUUUUGCGUUUGCCCAGUGCAUCCGCAGGAAGCAGUUGACAAACCGUCGCCAAACGUUUUUGAUACCGAUACACCCUGCUGUUUAUGCUUGUUUCAAGGCCGGAUUGCCGGAGUUGUGGGAAACAACGGACUUUGUAGGGGUCAAUCUGAUGGACGUGGACACUUCUGUCGACUUGACUCAUAGUUGCUCAGCACGUCAGCCUUCAGCGAAAACCAACGACAAAAUAGACACACCUCUGACUAAUAGAAAGUCGCAAACCAUUGGUGACAGUGAUACCGAAGCACGAAAAUUUGAAGCUUUACACCAACUACCCGAUAAAGUGACAUUGUGACACUGCCACGUUGGACCCCCAACCGCUGCUUUGCGGAUUGGCCAGCCAUCCAAAAGUUGAUUUGACAGCCAAGAAACGAAUAUGUACCAACCUCUUGAGCCAUCUUCAAAUGUCAGUUCCGUAGGAAAGUUAAUCUUCUCACUCGGCCGCCGAAAACGGGCAGAUUUUUUCCAUAAAUACGGCAUCCUAAAAUGCAGGCAUCUGGUGGCCCUUUCGGCGUUGGCUUUGAACCUUCAUUGUUAACUGCUUUCAUCCUCCCGUCUCCUUCGCAGUUGACUUUAUUGCAAUAACCAUGAUUGUUGUUAGCCUGCAGUUUAGCUUAACGUUAUUUCAGUUGAUACUACUUAGUCUUUUGGUACUGCAGAAUUUCAUUUUUCAGACCCAAACUACGAUGCCUGGUCUGAUAGGGAAACUGGGGUCUUUGCACCUGGCGAUUUUUAACACCACCAUUCCAGCAGCUGAAGAGUUUGGCAUAUGUCGUAAUUUAGAGAUUUCUGGUGACAGGUCGCUUGAAAUAAGGAGACUCGCACGGUCAGACAUCACGUCGCCAAGUGGAGUGAACUUUGCAUUCCCCGUAAUUUCGCUAUGAAUGUCCCCCUCUCCCCCCCCCUCUCGCCGACACCCUUUCUGAUUGAGCUUUUCGCUACUUCCUGACCUGCUGCCUUUAGAAAGUUAUGAAUUAUGUCACUUCCGUCUACUAUCUAUCUGUCUGCGUUAAAAAAGUUUGCUUUGCGAGUGACACAGCUGCAGCUCAGACUACAUUCGGUUCGCCUUGUGAAUCCCGAAUUAGAGAAUGUAGCUUGUUCGCAUAGUUGUUGACGGAGCGCCCUUUGCGUAAUCAGAAAGUGGGCGUUUCCUGACCGGGCGAGUUUUCCCGUUGCCGUAUUGAGUUCGCGCUAGGCCCAUUUUUGCUUAGUUUUCUCCACUUAAGUCGUAUUUUCUUUUCAGGACAUCCACAAUGAUUGCCGUUUCGCUUUGGUUAACGAGCCCUUCAAGAACGAGCUCUCUAAACCGAAUUACCUUGAAAUCAAGAAUCGCUUCCUUGCACGUCGGUUCAAACUGCUCGAACAGGCGCUCAUUAUCGAGGAGCAGCUGAGACGAGCAGCCCAUCUGAACAUUGUCUGUGAUCCAAGCGAUAGUGUCCAGAACCUUAACCGUAGGUUUAACGAACUGGAAUGUCUUGCCGGCGCACAACAACACAUUUUCGCCGAGGCGCUCUCUGGGAACAAAGCCCUCGUGCCGCUCCUCCAUAAGGGUGCGUUUCCUCGACAUUGCCUCGUUCUGCAGACUUCUUAAAUAUAUCUACUUGCUCUGCAUUAAGUAGACAUUAUUCCAACAUUUUAUUCUACGUUCAGCCUUGACCAUGAUGGAAGACUACCUCGCGGAGAUGAAGCAAGAUAUCUCCCGCCUCCUGACACUUGUCCCGCGAAUGCCACCGGUCGCCAGCCGUCUAAAUCUCAGCCACACCGGUCUCCUUACCAAGCUGACGCAGCAGCUUACUGCCGCCAAGCAGGCUCAAGCUUUAAAACAGUCCUCCAGCAGCCCUUCUCUGUCGACUCCAACUGCCACACCGUCGGCUGAUUCGACCGCAGCAGACACUGGAGCUAAUGCCGCCAGUGUUGACACAAAACCGAAGGCUUGA